GUCACAUGACGCGGGCGGAAACUGUCUCCGCUGAAUCUCCCGCGAACACAGUCUCUUCCUUUCCGCGCAGAUCCGUCGGUUGGCGAAAGUCUCCAACGGUUUAACCUAACCACAUUGGAAUCAAUGGCACAACAACAAGCAAUAGUUGAAUUUAAGUUGGUGUUGGUUGGAGAUGGAGGCACUGGCAAAACCACCUUUGUAAAAAGACAUUUGACAGGAGAGUUUGAAAAGAAAUAUGUCGCCACAUUGGGAGUAGAAGUGCACCCUCUGUUGUUUCACACAAGUAGAGGAGCCAUUAAGUACAAUGUGUGGGAUACAGCUGGUCAGGAGAAGUUUGGAGGUUUGAGAGAUGGCUACUACAUUCAAGCUCAGUGUGCCAUCAUAAUGUUUGAUGUAACUUCUCGAGUCACCUACAAGAAUGUGCCCAACUGGCAUCGUGACCUGGUUCGUGUUUGUGAAAACAUUCCCAUUGUCCUUUGUGGCAACAAAGUGGACAUCAAAGACAGAAAAGUUAAAGCUAAAAGCAUUGUGUUUCAUCGCAAGAAGAAUCUGCAGUACUAUGACAUCUCUGCCAAGAGUAAUUACAACUUUGAGAAGCCUUUCCUUUGGCUCGCGAGGAAACUGACUGGUGAUCCUAACCUUGAAUUUGUGGCAAUGCCAGCCCUCGCUCCACCAGAGAUCCACAUGGACCCAUCUAUGGCUGCCAAGUAUGAAGCAGAGCUUCAAGCUGCAUCAGAAACGGCACUCCCAGAUGAAGAUGACGACCUCUAACAUGUUUGUCCUUUUGUCUCUCUUUGGUGGUGGAUAGGAAGCUGGACUUUUCCCCUUACUGUAAAAUCUCCCUUCACUUUUUGUUUCAUUUGUUCGUUUAAAAGCUUUAUCUUCAGGUUUAAAUUUAAAGUUUUCACCGCAUUUUGUCUUGAGCAAAUGGAUGAGAUUGAGGAAAACUACAAUAACUAAGACAACCAGGUUUGUUUGGGAGUGGAUAAAAGCUAAUUUCAAGCAGUGAAAUUAGUGAAAAGCUUUCAGUCUUUUUAGACGCUUCAGUCAGUGUUUAAACUGUUAGCUGCAACACAAGCCACAGCUUGUUAAAUGAGUGUCCUGUUUGUCCUCUGGAACAAAUAAAUUAUUGUGGAAUUUGA